AUGCAUCAUUCCGAAAGCGGUGAGAACCACGCUUUCGAUGCUUUGGGUCUCUGUUCAGACAUCCAGUACAAUGAGUUUCUCGACCUGGUUGACGACACGAAUGCUCGCAAUGAUAGAGGGGACCAGAAAAAUGCAGAUUUUGGAGAGUUCGAUGAGCUUAAGACAACAAUGCUUCGCUCCCCCCCGGCUGGACUCGAUAGCGCCAACCAGUGCGCCAACAGCUGCGGGUCGUCUGCAGGUCCCGACGAUCAACAUGCAAGGAGAAAAGAAUCUUGGCCUCCAGUGCUACCAGUUGUAGCGCAUCCACCAUCUCCACCUUCAGCGUCACUGCUUGCCCCACAAGCUGUUCCCGUUUGGGGAGUUGGCGUUGCACCUACGAAAACGAUGCACAUGCGCAUUCCUGCCCGCUAUAAGGGCAAGGGCCAGGGCCUGGCUGGUUUGUCGGGCAUUGAUGCUGACCUACUUGACCCGCUCGUGAGAAUUCCAGCUAGUUGUAAUCGACGUGCCUCAACAACAUUGCUGAGCUCCUGCUUUCCUUCCUCUUCCUCCUCCCCCUCUUCCUCUUUCCCCCCCGCAAACUUCUCUGCCAUCCCAACCACCUCUGUUGAGAAUACAAUCCUUCCGGAGGGACCAAAAACAAACACCAGAACGCUUCGCCACCGUAAAAGUCACCGCGAUCUCCACUCUGCACGGCGAGCUCAAUUCACCGAACUCAUCAAAAUGAACAACGUGCAGCAAAAUAGCAUUCCCUCAAAUAACCCAACAUUUGACGAAAUGAUUCAAUAUUUACCGACACAGAACUCAUUACAGUCUUUAGGGCAAAUGACUUCGGAUAUCCCCCGAUACACCCCCUCACACUCCUCAUCUAGAGUAUCUAGCUCUCGACCCGAAUACUCACGGGCUUCCUUCAGUCUAUCAGCUGAAAAUCUCCACACACCACAGUAUGAACAAGUGACACUUGCUCGCCCCCACAGCAUGUCAUCUUUACAAACCGGUCCAUUUUGUUCAGAAGCUUCCGCCGUGCAACUUGCCUUUCGCCGAGCUAGUAAUCCUUCUUCUUCUUCCCUGGAAAUUUACGAGGGAUUAUAUACCCCACAGCCUCGCCAGUAUACCAUAGAUGAUCAGUAUAAUAUGGUAGAAAACAGCAUGGAUCCGCAGCCGCUUGACCCGUCCAUUGGUUUGAGAAUGUCCACUGAAUCGCCCAUUAUUGAAAGCGACACUCCGCAGGGCUGGUGGGGAGAGGACAAGGUCAAUAUAUUAGAGGAAAGCUGGCCAAACUCACAUCUAAGUGGAGUCACGUCAGAACAUUUCAGUGAUCUAUCAAAUGGUACGAUUCGCCACCACACGAAUGGGAAUUCUCAUAGACCUACGUACAGUCCAAUGCUAUACCGCCAGCCCCCGUCGCCAUCGUUUGAUGAAGAGGAGGGUGGCAUAUUUGCGCACAGUAUUAAGCGGCCAGCUUCAUCAUGCUCCUCGAUACCAUCUCCACCUGAAUCAGAGUUGUAUUAUCCAUCACAGCUACCUACUCCAGAAAUUGGAUACUCCUUAACGCCAUCACUUAACCAGAGCGGUUUUGGCGGGAAUUAUCUCCCAAGCUCAUCGUCAAUAGAUCCGACCGCUCGUCGGCCAUCGCUCCAUCAAACGCCAUCUCCGCCUUCAUCGCAUACAUUCGCUACCUCUGCUGCAGCGGCAGCGAUCGCCGCUUCGUCGAAAACAUCAAAAACAAUUUCGAAAUCAAUAUCAAGGCCCGGUUCCUCCCGUAGGAAGGCCAGUAGUGGUUCAAUACGCUCUCAGGCAAAGUCAUCUGGAACAUCGCACUCUUCACAAUCGAACGAUGGGAUUAGAUCAUUCGUAAACUAUACGCCCAAUGAUGCCACGAGGAUUCUUAGCGGUGUGGCUCCAAGCGGGUCGUCAAAGACCAAAGCAAGAAGGGAAAGGGAGGCUCAAGAGAAAAGGAGAAAAUUAUCUGAAGCUGCCGCUGCAGCGGUGGUGGCUGCUGGCGGAGAUGCAUCGGCCCUCGCACAGGUUGACUUGCUAGGGUGUUAA